CCAUGUCUAGAUUACGGGUCAGAUAGGAGACCAUCGGCUUGGAUCUGGUUGACUUUGAGGAGGAGGAGGAGGGGGCAUGAUCUAUUUCUCCGUUGCGCCUCUGGAGAUCCGUCCGGUGGAAGCAGCUGGUACCUGAGCGCAGCCGCCGGCGGACACACCGCGCAUCCGUCGCCGCAUCUUCGCCCUUCGUCCGCGGGGACCAUGUUCACGAUCAGACGCUGACAAAGCGAUCGACGACGUGCGCGUCGUUGGCUUCUGUGCGAACAGAGCAACACGGAGCCAGAGAGGCGGAGGAGCUGUCAGAGAAAAACACACGGAGGAAACAUAGAUGCGCCCCGCUUCCUGUCCGGGAGGCGAUUGAGGAAGAAAGAACGAGAAUACCGAACCCCCCGGCCUCCAGAUGAUGUCAGGGAAGCAUUUCAAGGCUCAGGAAGUGAGCUGCUGCAUCAAGUAUUUCAUCUUCGGAUUCAACAUCAUAUUCUGGUUCCUUGGAGUGGCGUUUCUUGGCAUCGGGCUGUGGGCAUGGAGCGAGAAGGGCGUUCUCUCCAACAUCUCGUCCAUCACAGAUCUGGGAGGUUUCGACCCUGUCUGGCUCUUCCUUGUGGUGGGAGGUGUAAUGUUCAUCCUCGGAUUCGCCGGUUGCAUCGGCGCGUUGAGAGAAAACUCCUUCCUGCUCAAGUUUUUCUCUGUGUUCCUGGGUAUCAUCUUCUUCCUGGAGCUGACUGCAGGGGUCCUGGCCUUUGUCUUCAAAGACUGGAUCAAGGACCAGCUCAACUUUUUCAUUAACAACAACAUUCGGGCAUACAGAGACGACAUCGACCUGCAGAACCUGAUAGACUUCACCCAGGAAUAUUGGGAGUGUUGUGGGGCUUUUGGAGCUGAUGACUGGAAUUUGAACAUAUACUUCAACUGCACUGAUUCGAACCCGAGUCGAGAGAAAUGUGGAGUGCCCUUUUCCUGCUGCACCAAAGAUCCAGCGGAGGACGUCAUCAACACUCAGUGUGGAUACGACAUCCGAGCAAAAGCGGACUCUGAGCAGCGGACUUUCAUUUACAUCAAGGGCUGCGUCCCUCAGUUUGAGAAGUGGCUUCAAGACAACCUGACGGUGGUGGCGGGCAUCUUCAUCGGGAUUGCAUUACUACAGAUUUUCGGCAUCUGUUUAGCGCAGAAUCUCGUGAGUGACAUUGAAGCCGUGAGAGAGAGUUGUUUGUUCACCUAAGACCUCCAAAGUCACCAAAGGCAAGACGGAUGUACCAGGACUCAGCAGUUUGGACACCAGCAAUGAAGGGAAAUAAAUGAAUCAGUUACUGUGUCCAUAAAAAAAAAGAGUCUCCUUCAUAUGUACAUAAUAAACUUAGAGUUAUUUUUAGAGUUAUCUGUGGGCCUGUUUUUGAAUGAAAGACAACCUCUGACAUGUACUGUAGCUCUCAUACAGUAUCAAACAAAUGCAGUAUUGGCUGGUUUGAUGAAGAAGUUGGUCACCUGGCGACAGUGGGCAAAGCCUGUAAGGAUGAAGGAAGGGGUUGUCAUUUCCUCUGAGGUAGCACUCGUGGUUUUGUAUGUCUCACAGCUGCAGUUCUUUUUAACACUGCACGUAAAAGGGUUGUGUCCAGAGCUGAAGUGAUACUGGAAAUGCACUGCAUGCCUAUUGGCUAGUGGCGGGACAUUGGCUCUCCUAACUGUGUUCAUUGAUGUAAAGUAUUUUGAAAAUAUUUGUUAAAAUAGUCGCUAGGGGGAAUCGACUGGUUGGCACUUUGUUGAAUGUUUAAGGAAAUCUACUUAAAGACCCCGAGAAUUCAUUUUGAAUUCAUUUCCAUGUUUGGGAUGAUCACACUCACACAGACACAUACAGUUUGUGAGCAGAGUUUUGAGGGGGAUGCAGUGUCCAUCAUGAAGGGAAAUCAUGGAUGUAAUAGGUUAAGUUGCAGUUUGUAUGAUGUUGGCAGUGACGACAAAAUAAAUCUCUGAAGAAACUGAAAGGAACCAGGAGAUGGGGCAUGUAAAUAAACAAAAACAACAACUCAGCCUUAUGCACUUUAAUCUUCAUAUGAAGUGGCGACGCUCAUUGUAAGCCGCUCAGCUUUUGUCACAAUUGACUGUUAUUUGAGUCAAGCAGCAGCAGCCACUGGAGGGGGCACUUUCCUUUAGAAAGAAAACUACAACAACCAACAAUACUUUGGAAUUGCAUCUGUAACUUUAUGGUGCUUCAUAGAUGUCGGGUUCAUUCUGAGUUUGUCCAAAAAAGCAGCCUGACAGAAAAGUUUAAGUGUUGUGCCCUCCCUUGCACAUUACCGUUAUUAUCAGUGUUCAUCCGUUUAUUUUUCCUCUAUAUUUGAAUUGUUGUAUAUGUGUUACUUUGAUGACAUCCGCCCUAAAUGAUUAUGAACCUUUGUUGAUUUCUAUUGGUUAUGAUCCGUAUAUGUUCACUGGAAACUUACUGGUGGCACCUCACUGAACGUAGUAGAGUCUAGAGCCUACAUACAUGUAGUACUUGGAAUCAGAGCACACAGGCUCUCUCACCAGCAUUAUUCAUCAAUGCAAAUUAUAAAGAGUUUAUAUGUUUAGAUUUCUAGACAUUUACAUUUACAGCCGGACUUUAACAGAACAGCAGAGCACUUCAUGAAAAACCUGAGGCAGACUGAGUCACACUAAGGAUGUUAAACAAUAUCCGCAAUUUCAAACUUUAUGAUAAAUGUAUGAAGCAGCCUCGUGUCAAAUACCCUUACUUUCCCCACGAAGAGCUUCAUAUGAUUGUUGGUGUUUACUGAUCUCACUUUUUCUUACCACACAGUGCCAUACUUGUAAUUUCUACAUACACCCAAUGACGACUUUACUUUUGUUUCCUGUCUACUCCCGAUUCUUGUAAAUAGCUGGAUCGUGACAAGUUUGUAAAUAUAUAUCUUAAUAAAUGUGUUUCUUUUUA